UAGUUAAAUUCGUGUGAUGUCGUAAAGUGUAUCUGUGUUGUUUGGCUAUUAUCAGUAACUGAAUAUUCAAUUCUAAUUUGUUUUCUCGACGUUUUGCUUAUUGGCGACUCUAAACUCUUAUAUUUCCAUUUCGAAUUCGACCUUCAGUUGAAUAGAGUACAGUAUCACCACAUAAACGUUACCACUGCCAAGGGAUUUUCCGAAAUUUAAGUCUUAGUUAUUGCUUAAUACAGUUUUAAUAUUUGCAUUUUAAUUAGGAUAUGCCAAGUAGGUAAAGUGCUGCAAAACCAUGACAACCGAGUAUGAAGAACUGGCAGAUUCCCUGAAAAAGUAUGAAGAACAGUUGGCACAAAUACAACUUGCAGUGGCAACUACUGGGCCAUUAUCAGAUCAAGACAGUUUGCUCAUACUACAAGAACAGAUGACUCAUCUUAUCGCAUUGACUAAAGAAAACAUGAUUCAACUCAGAAAUAAAAGUAGUGAUACAGUUCAAAAUUUGUCAAAUGAUAACAGUGAAAAUGAGGAUUGGAACAGUUCCAGUCAGAACUCGUCUGAAACAACAUUUAAUGAAAUUAAGUUUCCAACACCAGAAAAUCUGAGCAGGAGACUACGAUCUUUUCCGUCAGAGCACUUAAAACCAGCAGAGGAAGAUUUCCGGUCUCUUGAGGGCCUGAAAUGUCAGGCACCAUAUAAUCAUGCAUGGGGCAGCUGUAGUUACCAUAAUGCGAUUAUAUCUGGAGUUGAAAGUAUGGAGGACACUAAUUCAAUAGAUGCAAUUCAGGUCCGUGUGUUUUUUACAAAUCCAGUUUCCAAAGAGAUGGCACCUUGUGAGCAGUACUUUGCAGGCACCUGCAGAUUUAAUGAUGAUUGCCGGUAUUCUCACGGCCACUUGGUAUCACUAUCAGAUUUGAAAGAAUACAGUGAACCUGACUUUUCUGCUGUCCAACCUGGAGUCAAGGCUUUAGUAAAAAGUGACAACAGUCUAUGGGCCCAUGCUACAGUAAUAGCACUCAACAUUGAUGGAAGAUGUGAUGUUAAGUUUGAAACUAAUGGAAUUGAAACAACUGUUGAUUUGCAACAUAUACUUCCAUUAGUGGAGCCUGAGGAAAGACUGACAGCAACAGAUAGCAGUGAUACAGACAUGCCAGAGCCUUUGUGGGAUACAAAUAUGGUUGAAAGAGCCCUAAGUAAUCCUUCAGCAUCUGUUCUUGGAGAGUGGGAGAAACACACAAAGGGUAUUGGCUCCCGCCUUAUGGCACAAAUGGGAUAUGUGACUGGUUCAGGUUUAGGAAAAUUUGGAGAAGGAAGAAUUGAACCAGUGGAAGCAGUUAUUUUACCACCAGGAAAGUCAUUAGAUCAUUGCAUGAAUCUAAGAGAGAAAGCUGGUGACAAUGGAAAUAUAUUCAGUAUGGAGAGGCGACUUAAAAAAAUUAGAAAAAGACAAGAAAAACAGAGGAUAAAACAGUAUGAAGAAGAUAAAGGAAAAAUAGAUUUAUUUUCAUUUUUGAAUACCCAUUUAUCAGGGAAUACUGCAAAGUCUAAACCAGGAGUAUCAACUGUUAAAACUGCAGCUGUUCCUGGAACGUCAAGCCUUAAAACACAGUCUGCUCGUGGUCUAAAUGUUGCAAGUCUACAAAUUGGAGAAGGAAUUCGCCGAGCUGAAAGAGAUCUUGCUCACCUUAAUGAGUCUCUUUCACGUCACAGUAAAGGAUCUGUGACAUACAAAACACUGCUUGCGAAACAGGAAGAAAAGAAGAAGGAACUAAUGAUGCUAAAAACAUCAGAAUCUGCUGUUAAUAAUGAGCGAAGUCAGAGAAAUGAUUACAAAAAAAUGACAACAUUCUGAUCUUCAAAAAGAACAAAGAUUAGAUAGCACAGCUGAAUUGUUGGUGUUUAGAAUUGUGGGUUGCAUUGGGCUCUCAACCCAGAUGUGAGUUAAAUCACUAGUUUCCACAGGUAUAUGUCAGCACACACUCCGCUGCAAAGUAAAAGUUUUAUUGUGAAAUAAAACUCUUUCUUGUUAAAGCAUCUCAAGUAUUGGAGAAAUGUGAAAAGAGAAGAGGUAAAGUAAAAGAUUAGCUUUCUAAAGCAUAAAAGAUAUUGUUGUAAACAGGAGGAUAGAAAGGGAAGCUGUGAUCUUUAUGACUCGACAAAGCCAAAUGUUGUCCUGGCUGUUGAAGGAACUGGUUGUGGACAUGUAACACUGCCAGCGGGUGCCCAUUUGUUGUCUUUUAGCUAUGUGGUAGUCAUUUCAGAGAUCAUUAAUUAAGUAAUGUGUCAAAGUGUUCCACUUGCUUUAACCCCAAUGUCUUCCUCAGACAUAGACUUAAUGGUGCUACACUCAAGCUGGGACCACAGUUUGCCUUGUUGGGUAAUAAAAAAUAUGUUUUUGUGUAUAGAUUCAAGACAGUUGUAAGAAAAUGAUAUGUUCUUUUAGUGCAUCCAAUAAAAUUAUAAGAAUAAUA